AAUCAGACCAAGAUACAGAGCAGACUAACAAGACUCAGUGCUCAGACCCCAGCGACAAGGAGCAACACAGAAGGGAUGGCAGGUCCACGCUCAACGCCAGGUGAAUUCCACUUCCACCCGCCCGGUCGAUUCUACAGGUACUCAGCAACCAUUCUCGGCGCGAGCAUGUGGUUCUGGAUGCUGUAUCGCGCAAAGCAAGAUGGUCCUGUGUUGCUUGGUUGGAGGCAUCCGUGGGAGGGACAUGGACACGGUCAUGGACAUGGCGAAGAAGGCGAGAAGCACUAGAUUUGCACAAGCAAAACAACCAACGAAUCUCUCAUGCCCAUGUACAAAAGAUCCUCAUCAUUUUCAUACAAACGACUUUUGUUUGGAGCCGUGCUAUAUUCCGUUGCUACCCAG